CCAACCAUGAACGCCUCCCUCUUCCGCUCCUGCACCGCUUCCCUCUCUGCGCGCGCCUUGACGCGGCCUGCUGCGCGCGCUGGCGCCAACAUGCCCUGCCGUGCCGCCCUUGCCCGGCGGUACUACUCGGAAAAGGCGCCGGAGUCACCCGCCGCGGACGCUGCAAAGGAGGAGCCUGCUAAGGACGAGGGGAAGGCAGCUGAGGGUGCCUCUCCAGCGGAGAAGGAGUGUCUGGAAAAGCUCAAGACCAAGGAGGCGGAAGUUGUCGACUUGACGAGUCGCUUGCGCUAUCUCCAAGCCGACUUCCUCAACCUCCAGCGGAAUGCGUCGCGCGAAAAGGAGCAAACGCGCGACUUCGCCAUCACCAAGUUCGCGAAGGACCUCCUCGAGACCGUCGACGUCCUCUCCCUCGCGCUCAAGUCCAUCCCCUCUCACCACGCCCGCCCCCAAGCCGACGCGCCCCCACCACCCCAGUCCGCGGACGGCAAGCCCGAGAAGGGCCCCGCGGAGUACCUGCACGAGCUGUACAACGGUGUCGAAAUGACGCAGCGGCAACUGCAGUCCACGCUGUCAAAGUACAACGUCAAGCCGAUCGAGCCGCUGGGCGACAAGUUCGACCCGAACAUGCACGAGGCGCUCUACCAGGCGCCGAUACCUGGUAAGGAGCCCGGCACGGUCAUCGACGUGCAGAAGACGGGGUACAUGAUCAAGGACCGCGUGCUCCGUGCCGCGCAGGUCGGCGUCGCGCAGGAGACGUCAUGAGCGGGAUGGAUGGACUAUGCAUAGUGAUGAGGCGACACGAGUACGAGACGACUACACUACUACAUGACGACGCUGUCCAUAAUUCACGUAUCACAA